AUGGUUGCAAGAAGUGAGAAUCUUGAUCAAACGAUGGAAUUUACGGCCAAGAAACUUGAGAGGACGGUGGAAGAUACGGCGGCGAAGUGUAUGAUGCUGUUAUCAAGAGUUGGGGGAUACUGCGGAGGAGGAGGAGGCCGAGAGAUGAGUCGUGUUUACAGAUGCAAAACUUGUAUGAAAGAGUUCUCAUCGUUUCAAUCUUUAGGAGGCCACCGCGCAAGCCACAACAAACACCUUAAGAACAGCAGCAGCAGCGACGAACAGUCGUCUUCACUUUCUAAGAAGAAGACAAAGGAACAUCGUUGUCCGAUAUGUGGCUUGGAGUUUCCGAUGGGACAGGCUCUUGGUGGUCACAUGAGGAAGCAUAGGAACGAGGAAGAAGCUAGCGGCGCGUUGGUUACACGCUCUUUUUUCCCUGAGGCUGCGACUACUAUGACAUUGAGUAAAUCGAGUAGUGGGAAAAGAAUUGCUUGUGUGGACUUGGUGGGGUCAGAUUCUAUGGAGAGUAGUAGCAUCAAUUUGAACUUGGAGUUGGGAAGCAUCAUGUACUGA